GAACAACAUGGAAGGACACCACAAAGAGGAGAAAACCAGUGAUGUCCAAAGCCCGGCAGAUCCAGGUCAUCCAGUGAAAUGUUCUCCAGUCAUCAUUGACAAUAUUCCUCUGAAUGGACCCACUGUGAAUGUACUCGCAUCAGAGAACUUCAUUCACCAGUCCAUGUCCAUCAUUGUGGAAAAUGCAAUAAAAAAGGCCACAGACGUCAGAGAAAAGGUUUGUGAGUGGCGCUCUCCCGAGCAGCUGAAAGAGCUGCUGGACCUCGAGCUGAGAGAUGGGGGAGAGUCAGAGUCUGAGAUCCUGCAGCGCUUCAAAGAUGCCAUCAGAUACAGCGUCAAGACUACUCAUCCUCAUUUCUUCAACCAACUGUAUGCUGGGAUGGAGCCCUACUCUAUGGUGGCAAGCUUCAUUAUUGAGGCUCUCAAGCCCAGUCUGUACACAUACGAGGUGGCUCCAGUCUUCACGCUGGCGGAGGAAGCUGUGUUGAAGAAGAUGAUGGAGUUGAUUGGCUGGAAGGAUGGCGGAGAUGGAAUCUUUAAUGCAGGCGGUUCAAUGUCCAACAUGUAUGCUGUGAACUUAGCCAGGUACCGUUGCUGCCCUGACAUAAAGGAGAACGGCCUCUCUGCAGCUCCACGCUUGGUCAUGUUCACGUCACAGGAGUGUCAUUACUCCAUUUCCAAAGCAGCAGCUUUGCUGGGGAUUGGCACAAAGAAUGUCUACGCGAUACCAUCUGAUGAGAGAGGGAAGAUGAUUCCUUCUGCUCUGGAGGAGCAAAUACUGUCUGCCAAAAGUGAGGGUGCAGUUCCCUUCAUGGUAAACGCCACUGCAGGAACCACAGUGCUCGGAGCGUUUGAUCCCAUCGAUGUAAUUGCCGACAUCUGUGAGAAGCACAACCUGUGGCUGCAUGUGGAUGCAUGUUGGGGAGGAGCAGCUCUGGUGUCCAGCAAGCAUAAACACCUGUUAAAGGGCAUCCACAGAGCCGACUCUGUUGCCUGGAACCCUCAUAAGAUGCUGAUGGCAUGUCUGCAGUGCUCGGCUUUCAUGGUCAGAGACAAAACGAGUCUCCUGCAGCGCUGCCACUCUGCACGGGCCUCUUAUCUCUUCCAGCAGGACAAGUUCUACGAUGUCAGCUACGACACGGGGGACAAGUCGGUGCAGUGCAGCAGGAAGCCAGAUGCUUUCAAAAUCUGGCUCAUGUGGAAGGCUUUGGGAAGCAAAGAGCUGGAGCAGAGGGUGGACAGAGCCCUCGCCAUGGCAAGAUAUCUGGCAGAAGAGAUCAAGAAAAGAGAAGGAUUCCGUCUGCUGAUGGAACCUGAAUAUGCAAAUAUUUGCUUCUGGUACAUUCCACCCAGCUUGCAAACCCUUCCAGAUGGCCCUGAGCUCUGGGAAAAGCUCCACAAAGUGGCACCUGUGAUCAAAGAGCGCAUGAUGAAGAAGGGCAGCAUGAUGGUGGGCUACCAGCCACACGGAGAAAAGGCCAACUUCUUCAGGAUGAUCAUCAUCAGUCCUCAGGUCAGCAGGCAGGACAUGGACUUUGUCCUGGAUGAGAUCAACAAUCUGGGAAAGGACUUGUGAUGACUCCCCAGCUUUGCACAUCAGGGGCAGGCUUGUUGAGAACAGGGCCGGUUUUACCACCACCAUUAUGGA